AUGUACGACCCACACAAGAAUCCUUUACACGAGAUCGUCGCCGUGGCGCUAGCACUCGGAGCCGCCAUGGGCAUCUCACUUACCUUGCUUGUGGUAGUGAACCCACCCAAAUACGCCCCCCUUGUGGUUGUCUACGGGUUGGUGAUGCCGUACUACUUCCUCAACGAAUUCAUGAUGACGUGUUUGUUCCAGCUGUCCAGGGUCAAUAGUCGGUCGUUUCUCAUUUACGGCAACAAGGGCAAUUUCGAGUUUUGGAUGGUGCAAUUGCUCACGGUGUGGGAGUUCUUGAUCAAAAGAAGCGCCUGGAUGAAGUGGCUGGGGGUUCCCGAAGCCCAUACUGGGUCCACGGUCGCAGGAAUGGCCAUGGUGGUAGGUGGGCUUGCCAUCCGCAGUCUUGCCAUGAAGACAUGCGGCGAAUCAUUCUCUCAUGUGAUCGAGACUGAGGGCCCUCGUGGCUUGAUCACCACUGGAGUAUACUCGGUAAUGCGGCAUCCGAGCUACAACGGUUUUUGGUUGUUUGGCAUUGGAAUCCAGGUGUACUUGCGGAACUGGGUCAGCUUAGCUGGCAGUCUCUUGAUUUUGGGCAAGUUCUUCGGGGUGCGGAUCCGGGUCGAGGAGUGGUACUUAAGGAAGAUGUAUGGAGAACAAUACGAAGAGUACAGCAAUCGGGUGGGGAUAUGGAUCCCGCGCUUCGGGUAG